GGCAUCUUGUACGAUAACUAACAGCUCGCUGUCUUGGGCCACGGCUGCCUCCGCCUCCGCCUCCCUGACUCGCCUCGUUGCAACUCGCCCACAAACAUCACUCGGACGCUUCCCUCCAGGCGAUUUCUCCCCCGAAAUCGCGCAGUGUCGGCGGUGCCAUGUCUCUCAAGGCCCGCCACGUCGUGGCCAAGGCGCUGGGCAUCAAACUACAGGAGCAAGACCCCUACAAAGAGCUCGAUACGCCAGGAGCCUCGGUGCUCUCUGGCCGGACAGAACACAGCUUUGUCGAAGAGCCCCCUCUGGUCCUCGACUACCUCAACAGCCUGAUUCCCUCGGGAAAGGACCUCUACCGCUAUCUCCUCUCUCUCUUCCCGUUCCUCUCCUGGAUCGGCCGUUAUAACCUGCAAUGGUUCAUCGGCGAUCUCGUUGCCGGUAUCACCAUCGGCGCUGUCGUCGUGCCCCAGGGCAUGGCUUAUGCCAAGCUGGCUAACUUGGACGUCCAAUUCGGCCUGUAUUCGUCGUUCAUGGGCGUCUUGAUAUACUGGUUCUUUGCGACUUCGAAGGACAUCACCAUCGGCCCCGUUGCCGUAAUGUCGCAACUGACAGGCGGCAUUGUCGCCGACUUGGCCACUACGUUGCCCGAUGUCCCGGGACAUGUCAUUGCCUCGGCUCUUGCCAUCCUCGCCGGCUCCAUAGUCCUCUUCAUCGGCCUUAUCCGCUGUGGCUGGAUCGUCGACCUCAUCUCGCUCACCGCGCUCUCCGCCUUCAUGACCGGCUCGGCCCUCAAUAUCAUUUCCGGCCAGAUCCCCACCAUGAUGGGCAUCUCCGGAUUUUCGACCCGCGACGCGCCUUAUCUCGUCUUCAUCCACACCCUCCAGGGUCUGCCCCGCACGACAUUGGACGCGGCAAUGGGUCUGACCGCUCUGACGUUGCUCUAUCUCCUUCGGGCGGCCUGCUCGUAUUCCGCGAAGCGGUGGCCAAAGCACCAGCGCCUCUUCUUCUUCCUCUCGACCCUCAGGACCGUCUUCGUCAUCUUGUUGUACACCAUGAUCAGCUGGCUGGUCAACAGGGGCCUCCCGGAGAAAAAGGUCAAGUUCAAGAUCCUGCUGGAUGUCCCGAGAGGCUUCCAAAAUGCAGCUGUCCCGGUGCUCAACCAGCGGAUCGCCAGCAAUCUUGUCGGUUACCUGCCUGCCACCGUCAUCGUCUUGUUGAUCGAACACAUUGCGAUUUCCAAGUCGUUCGGCCGAGUGAACAACUACACCAUCAACCCGUCCCAGGAGAUGGUGGCCAUCGGCGUUACCAACAUGCUGGGUCCGUUCCUCGGCGGAUACGCUGCUACCGGCUCCUUCAGCCGCACCGCCAUCAAGUCGAAGGCCGGCGUCCGGACUCCGUUUGCCGGUGUCAUCACUGCCGUCGUGGUCCUCCUCGCCAUCUACGCCCUGCCUGCCGUCUUCUACUACAUUCCAAAUGCGUCGCUGGCUGCCGUCAUCAUCCACGCUGUCGGGGAUCUGAUCACCCCGCCCAACACCGUCUACCAUUUCUGGCUAGUUUCCCCCCUGGAAGUCGUCAUUUUCUUCGUUGGCGUCAUCGUUACCGUGUUCUCGACCAUUGAGAACGGCAUCUACUGCACCAUCUGCCUCUCGGCCGCCAUGCUCCUGUUCCGCAUCUUGAGGGCCAGGGGCAGGUUCCUCGGCCGCGUCAGGGUCGCAUCCAUGCUCGACGACCACGUCAUUGGCGAUGAAUUCCGGCAGGUUGCCUAUGGCACCUUUACCCGCUCUCCGGACGCACCCUUCCGGAACGUCUUCCUCCCCAUCACGCACGCGGACGGCUCCAACCCGGAAGUGGAACUCGGCAACCCGUAUCCCGGCAUCUUCAUCUACCGCUUCACCGAAGGCUUCAACUACACCAACGCCAGUCACAGCUUGGACUUCAUGACGCGGUACAUCUUUGCCCACACCCGCCGUACCAACCCUGCGCACUUUGAGCGACCCGGCGACCGCCCGUGGAACGACCCGGGCCCCUCGCGUCGCAAACUCAAAGCCGCCGUCGCGGCCGGAUCCGAUGGCGCGGCCGCCGAGGGAGACAGCAGUCUCCCGACGCUAAAAGCCGUCAUCCUCGACUUCAGCUCGGUCAACCACGUGGAUAUCACGUCCGUCCAGCACCUGAUCGACGUGCGCAACCAGCUCGACCGCUACGCGUCGCCCGACACGGUCGACUGGCACAUCGCCUGCAUCAGCAACCGGUGGACCAAGCGCGCGCUCGCGGCGGCCGGGUUCGGGUACCCGACGAUGCGGCCGGACGUGCCGCACCUCCGGUGGAAGAGCAUCUUCAGCGUGGCCGAGAUCGGCGGGUCGCAGAGCGCCGCGGCGGCGGCCGAGUUCGAGGACAACGAGAAGGAGCUCGAGUCCAUCCACCGGCGGCAGUCGCUGCACCACACGACGCCGGACCUCGAGGCGGGCAUUUCACCACAUACUAAGGGCGGCGCCGCCAACGACCGCGGCAGCAGCCACAGCUCGGAGCCGGCCGCCGGGGGGGACGCCAAGGCCGGCGCCGCCAAGCUCAGCGGCGGUCGCACCGUGGCCGUGCACGGCAUCAACCGGCCGCUGUUCCAUGUCGACCUGACGAGCGCUCUGCAGAGCGCCAUCGCGAACGUGGAGGCCCGCGGCGAGUUCCGGGGUGGCGUGAGUGAGCAGGCCAAAUAGCGCGCGUGGCCGAAGGCGAGGGAAG